UAUCGAUUUUGAGACAUGUGACAUGUAGUAUUUUCGUAUUUUUGUAUACACUUUCAUAUUAAUUCGAAAUUCCUGUUCUUUUUAAAAGAUUUCUCACCAGCUCUGGUAAAUGUCAACACAACACUGAGCUUAUACCAAGCGUUUUAUUUUCAAAGCCUUUAACAUUGAAUUCAGCUCGUGAAAUGCUAAUUUUGCUUUUUGCAACCCGCGGAACCAACUUUGAAGAUGACUACCACAAAAAGUAAAAUCCAUUGAUAUGUUAGCGAAAGUGAAUAAACAUAUUUGUCUUCGUAAAAUUUAUUUUAUAUUAUAAGUUACAUUUUAUCACCAAAGCACACCCUAAUUGUACUGUAUAAAGUUGUUGAAUCAAAUUUCAAUCACUCUAGAAUAUUUAUCUUAGUAUUUAAACUAGAAAAGGUAUGAACAAAACAUUGACAAAUACUGUAAACUUGUCAUAGGUAGCUAUGUAGAAAUUGCUCUGGUUGAUAACAUUCUAAUGGUCCUUCUCUUAUUUCAGUUCAUGUGACAAAACAAGAUAUCCAUUGUGCCAUUAUUAAAUGCUGUGAAACAUAUUUUCAAUAACCCAAAACACAGUAUUUUUCAGCUGUCUGAAGCUGAUCUACAAAAACGAAAGUUCAAAGACCCAAAAAUGAAACUUAUGAACGGGAAGCAUAGAAACGGCCGUACAUAGAAUGCAUCUAUCGCUCAGACAUGCUCAGACAUGCUUUCAAUGAGAGUGACAGAUCUACAACUCACAUUUCUAUGUGAAUUUGGUUGCGUCGCCCAAAAACCGACAUACUUGCGCCUAGAUUACGCAUUUUAUUAAUUGAGCCUUUUCAGUCUUGUUUGUGUUUGUGCCCAUUGUUGUACUUUGUAUCAUAGCAUCAUAAAGUGGCUGCCAAUCCUGAUUACCAAGCAAUUGAUUUGCCAAGAGAUAGAGAUAAAGAAAAUAUAGGUUCUGUCCCAGGGGAAACGGAUACAUUGCUGCCAACCCAAGUAACUGAUAACAUGAGCUCGGAUGAAACGAGGAGCCAGCAGAUGGAGACAGAGUACUCACUGUAUACAGUCGCCUCAGCAGACAGUGAGAUUGAUUUAUAUGGAUCUGGUCUUCAUAUAAAUCAGAGCCCUAUGGUUGAGGACCCUCUGCCUGCUUUAGGCCAGAUGCAGGAUAGCAGAAUAGUCCAUGGUACCAGACUGGACUGUACCAUAUGUGUGCAGCACAGUGACGAAGCUGUGAAGUUCUGCCAGGACUGCAAGGCUACUUUCUGUGAGAACCAUGUUAGAGACCACUACCAGGCCCCGGGACUGAUGAAACACACAUUGGUGGAGGACACUGAAGGAAGGAAAACCGUUCCAAAUGUAGACUAUCACGUCCAUGAAACAUAUGUUGAAACAGAACAAACUGCGACUCAGGUCUGCUCAUGGAAAACAGCCUUCUUCAUCAGUCUUCUGGGGAUUCUCAUACUGGUACUUGCCCUGGUAGGACUUGUAUGUUAUACACGAUUGUGUGUCACUGUACACGGGUCUGAGGUGGGAUUUCAGCAACGGAUUGUUCUGCUGGGGAAGUCUGGAUCAGAGAAGAGAGCAUCAGGAAACACCAUCCUGGGAAGAGAGGCCUUUAGAGUGGAGGCUUCACCUUCGUAUGGGCCACAGUGUGAGGAACAAGAUGCUUUUGUGGGCCGAAAUAACAUAACUAUGAUUAACACCCCAGAUGUGUUGCCAUCUGAGGAAGUUGCAGGUAAAGUAGCUCAAUGCAUCAACAUCUCAACACCUCACGUGUUCCUGCUGGUGAUCAGGUUGUGCAACUGGGGCACAGAAGAGGAGAAGAAAACGGUCAAAUGGAUGAAUGAGAACUUUGAGGAGGAGGCCCUUAAAUACACCAUGGUGCUGUUCACUGGUGGAGACCAGCUAGAAGGGAAACCAGUGGAGGAGUAUCUAAAGGACAACAGUGAUUCCCUAAAGCUUCUCAGUAUGUGUGGUGGUAGACAUCACGUCUUCAUUAACAAAGGACAGAAUGACUUCACUCAGGUCACAGAGCUGCUGGAGAAGAUAGACGGAUUAUUGAAUGAGAAUAGGGGAUACUAUCAUGUGACAAACAUCUUGACCCGGAGGGCGGAGGAGAUCAGGAGGAGGGAGGAGGCUCUGAGAAAGAUACUGGAACAGGAGGUUAGAAAGAGGGAUGCAGCCAUAGCAACGAUAAGAGAGGAGGAGGAGAAAAAGAGGGAUGCAGCCAUAGCAACGAUAAGAGAGGAGGAGGAGAAAAGGAGGGAGACUGAAGAGAGAAAAGUCUGUGAGGGGGAAGAUGAAGGCAGGAAGGUCAUUGAUAAUCUGGCAUUGAAAGUCUCAGGCUCAAAAAUGUAUGUAGGAGUAACAGUGAUCACAAUGAUCAUACUGAUUGUCCUUUAAUGAUCCUAAACUGAACAUUAGGGAGUCUCUUCAUUCAUCAUCUGAACAUUAGGGAGUCUCUUCAAUCAUCAUCUGAACAUUAGAGAGUCUCUUCAAUCAUCAUCUGAACAUUAGAGAGUCUCUUCAUUCAUCAUCUGAACAUUAGAGAGUCUCUUCAAUCAUCAUCUGAACAUUAGAGAGUCUCUUCAAUCAUCAUCUGAACAUUAGGGAGUCUCUUCAAUCAUCAUCUGAACAUUAGAGAGUCUCUUCAAUCAUCAUCUAAACAUUAGGGAGUCUCUUCAUUCAUCAUCUGAACAUUAGAGAGUCUCUUCAAUCAUCAUCUAAACAUUAGGGAGUCUCUUCAAUCAUCAUCUAAACAUUCGGGAGUCUUCAUUCAUCAUCUAAACAUUAGGGAGUCUCUUCAAUCAUCAUCUGAACAUUAGGGAGUCUUCAUUCAUCAUCUAAACAUUAGGGAGUCUCUUCAAUCAUCAUCUAAACAUUAGGGAGUCUUCAUUCAUCAUCUAAACAUUAGGGAGUCUCUUCAAUCAUCAUCUGAACAUUAGGGAGUCUUCAUUCAUCAUCUAAACAUUAGGGAGUCUCUUCAAUCAUCAUCUAAACAUUAGGGAGUCUUCAUUCAUCAUCUGAACAUUAGUGAGUCUCUUCAAUCAUCAUCUGAACAUUAGAGAGUCUCUUCAUUCAUCAUCUGAACAUUAGGGAGUCUCUUCAUUCAUCAUCUGAACAUUAGAGAGUCUCUUCAUUCAGCAUCUGAACAUUAGAGAGUCUCUUCAAUCAUCAUCUGAACAUUAGGGAGUCUCUUCAAUCAUCAUCUGAACAUUAGGAGGUCUCUUCAAUCAUCAUCUAAACAUUAGGGAGUCUUCAUUCAUCAUCUAAACAUUAGGGAGUCUUCAUUCAUCAUCUAAACAUUAGGGAGUCUCUUCAAUCAUCAUCUAAACAUUAGGGAGUCUUCAUUCAUCAUCUAAACAUUAGGGAGUCUCUUCAAUCAUCAUCUGAACAUUAGGGAGUCUCUUCAUUCAUCAUCUGAACAUUAGAGAGUCUCUUCAAUCAUCAUCUAAACAUUAGAGAGUCUCUUCAAUCAUCAUCUGAACAUUAGGGAGUCUCUUCAUUCAUCAUCUGAACAUUAGAGAGUCUCUUCAAUCAUCAUCUAAACAUUAGAGAGUCUCUUCAAUCAUCAUCUAAACAUUAGAGAGUCUCUUCAAUCAUCAUCUAAACAUUAGGGAGUCUCUUCAUUCAUCAUCUGAACAUUAGGGAGUCUCUUCAAUCAUCAUCUAAACAUUAGAGAGUCUCUUCAAUCAUCAUCUGAACAUUAGAGAGUCUCUUCAAUCAUCAUCUAAACAUUAGGGAGUCUUCAUUCAUCAUCUAAACAUUAGGGAGUCUCUUCAUUCAUCAUCUGAACAUUAGGGAGUCUUCAUUCAUCAUCUGAACAUUAGAGAGUCUCUUCAUUCAGCAUCUGAACAUUAGAGAGUCUCUUCAAUCAUCAUCUGAACAUUAGGGAGUCUCUUCAAUCAUCAUCUGAACAUUAGGAGGUCUCUUCAAUCAUCAUCUAAACAUUAGGGAGUCUUCAUUCAUCAUCUAAACAUUAGGGAGUCUUCAUUCAUCAUCUAAACAUUAGGGAGUCUCUUCAAUCAUCAUCUAAACAUUAGGGAGUCUUCAUUCAUCAUCUAAACAUUAGGGAGUCUCUUCAAUCAUCAUCUGAACAUUAGGGAGUCUCUUCAUUCAUCAUCUGAACAUUAGAGAGUCUCUUCAAUCAUCAUCUAAACAUUAGAGAGUCUCUUCAAUCAUCAUCUGAACAUUAGGGAGUCUCUUCAUUCAUCAUCUGAACAUUAGAGAGUCUCUUCAAUCAUCAUCUAAACAUUAGAGAGUCUCUUCAAUCAUCAUCUAAACAUUAGAGAGUCUCUUCAAUCAUCAUCUAAACAUUAGGGAGUCUCUUCAUUCAUCAUCUGAACAUUAGGGAGUCUCUUCAAUCAUCAUCUAAACAUUAGAGAGUCUCUUCAAUCAUCAUCUGAACAUUAGAGAGUCUCUUCAAUCAUCAUCUAAACAUUAGGGAGUCUUCAUUCAUCAUCUAAACAUUAGGGAGUCUCUUCAUUCAUCAUCUGAACAUUAGGGAGUCUUCAUUCAUCAUCUAAACAUUAGGGAGUCUCUUCAUUCAUCAUCUGAACAUUAGGGAGUCUUCAUUCAUCAUCUGAACAUUAGGGAGUCUUCAUUCAUCAUCUAAACAUUAGGGAGUCUCUUCAUUCAUCAUCUGAACAUUAGGGAGUCUUCAAUCAUCAUCUAAACAUUAGGGAGUCUCUUCAAUCAUCAUCUGAACAUUAGGGAGUCUCUUCAUUCAUCAUCUGAACAUUAGGGAGUCUCUUCAUUCAUCAUCUGAACAUUAGGGAGUCUUCAUUCAUCAUCUAAACAUUAGGGAGUCUCUUCAUUCAUCAUCUGAACAUUAGGGAGUCUCUUCAAUCAUCAUCUCUUAUUGUAAAGCAGGGUGACCUCUGAAAACAAAACAAGUUUGCAGAUGAAAAUGAUAAAUAAGUUAAUUUAUUAAUUGUUGAUCAAUACUUUAAUUGAUUAAUUGUUAGAAGUGGUUUUAUAUAUUCUUUAUGAACAUAUCUCCCAUUAUAACCUGGUGUUUAGAGAAAUAUAAGAUCCCUGCACUUUCUGCAAUGGGUGAACAAAUAAUGCAGUGUCAUGUGUUAUGCAAUAUAAAUGUCAAAACGGUCCAGGAAUACAGUUGAAUCAUCAUACAGCUGUGUUGGGUUUGUUUGUUGCAGUAUUUUCAAAGUUAUAUUAACUUGGCCUGGUAAUUCACUAUACUGUAGCUGUGUCUCAUGAAGUGCUGGACCCAGUUUAAAUGUCCUUUAUAUAACCAAUGUCAGAACAUCAAUGUAAAAUAUCAAUUAUGCAUUUUGUACCACGUCAGGGAAGAGCAGUUGGCUAAACUACUACCGGGAACUGCUCAGUGCCAGAGGCCAGCUAGUUACUGGGUCGUUUCACAAUAAGAGUGCCUUUUGCGUCCCUUUGAUAUCUUGUUAGAGGUUCACCUAGUGGUCAUGAUGUGGGCUGUACUAAAUGUUUGAUGUAUUAUAAUAAUUGAUUAUGCUGAUGUUGUAUUAAUAGAAGGGGAGGGGUUAUAAGACCCCGCCCUCCUUACAUUUAUAGGGUCCUAGACUACAGAUUCACAAUAUAUAUUCAUUACAGAGGUUUAAUGUUGUUCCACAGUUGUUUUCUAGUCUCUCUGCCUCUUAUAAAGAAACUGUCUGAGAAAUGUGUGACUGUGAAGACAGAACUCUGCAGUAAGCGAUAAGAGACUAGUCAGACAUUCCACUAUAAAUCAACUUGUACAUUUACUGCUGAGCCUUUAGAUAACACUAAAAGUAUUGUUUAAGUAGCUGUGUAGGCAUGGUUUUGGUCUCAUGAGUAGAAGGUAAUGGCGUAGGCAGUUGCAUCACAGGGGGUUGACUACAAGCACUAAAAGUAACUUGGGACAUUUUCUAUUUUGCAGAACUUACUCGGAAACAUGCGUGCUAUGUUCCUGUUGUCAACUUCUGUCUGCAAUUGCAUUAAUAAAUGAAUGAAUGAUUUAAUUAAA